AUGUGCAACAGGCUUGUCCUGAGGCUCCGUGAGCAAGGCUGGCCGGACUAUCUUGCGCGGUGGGCAGGCUCGUUCAUGAGCGGCCGCUCCGCCAGAGUCAGGUACCAAGACAUCACGACACCGACGACGCCAUUACAGUGCGGUCUUCCACAGGGAUCGCCCGUGUCUCCGAUCUUGUUUUUGCUCUACACGGAACCGAUCUAUCGGCUAGGCAAUCCCGAAGGACGGUUCGGGUACGCGGACGAUACCGCCAUUCUCUGCACUGGACCAUCGCUGGAAGAAACAUCGCGAACAGCGUCGGAAUAUCUCCAAGAACUCGUGAACUGGGGCGCCGCCAACGGCAUUUCAUUCGACCCGAAGAAGACAGAAGUCAUGCACUUCUCACCGAGGAGGCGGGAAACCGAGCCACCUGUCCGCCAUGGUGACGCGGAGAAGCAACCAGAGGCAGCCAUGCGCUGGCUAGGCCUCUGGCUGGACAGGAAGUUGACAUUCAAGACACAUGUCGAGACGUGGACAGCCAAGGCCCAGGCGGUCGCCCACCACCUCCGAAGCCUAGGGAACACCCGACGCGGCGCCCUGCCGAGCGCUGUGCAGAGGGCUGUCAGAGCCUGUGUCGAGCCGAUUCUGCUCUUCGGUGUGGAAGCGUGGUACCCAGGUCCAACGUUGCCGCGCUGGAGACGGCCGACGAAGGAAGGACCAUCUAGAAUCCAGCAGCUUGUGCGGAAAAUGACCAAAGCUCUCAAGCAGGCCAUUCGAGCCAUUCUUCCAACCUGGAAGACCACACCGAUCGCCGUGUUGCACCGGGAAAGCGGCAUACCUCCCGUCCACCAACUCCUGGAGGCAUGA